CGGGAAGCGGCGCUGCGCGGGUACUUGCAGCUCCUGUCCUUUCCUGGGUCCCAGAGCCUCUGUCACCUCCGUAGGAAAAGGAAAAGAUGCCUGCCACACAGAAGCCGAUGCGAUAUGGACAUACAGAGGGACACACAGAUGUCUGCUUUGAUGAAUCUGGAAGUUAUAUUGUGACUUGUGGAAGUGAUGGUGAUGUAAGGAUUUGGGAAGACUUGGAUGAUGAUGAUCCCAAGUCCAUAAAUGUUGGAGAAAAGGCAUAUUCAUGUGCUUUGAAGAAUGGAAAAUUGGUCACUGCAGUAUCUAACAAUACUAUUCAAGUCUACACAUUUCCUGAAGGAGUUCCAGAUGGUAUAUUGACUCGCUUCACCACAAAUGCAAACCAUGUUGUUUUUAAUGGGGGUGGUGCAAAAAUUGCUGCUGGGUCUAGUGAUUUUCUAAUCAAAGUUGUGGAUGUAAUGGAUUGCAGCCAACAAAAAACAUUUCGGGGACAUGAUGCCCCUGUGUUAAGUCUGUCCUUUGAUCCUAAAGACAUCUUUCUGGCAUCCGCUAGUUGUGAUGGAUCUGUCAGAGUGUGGCAAAUUUCAGAUCAGACAUGUGUUAUUAGUUGGCCACUGCUACGAAAAUGCAAUGAUGUGAUAAAUGCAAAAUCAAUCUGCAGACUUGCUUGGCAGCCCAAAAUUGGGAAAUUACUGGCAGUUCCUGUGGAAAAAUCUGUUAAGUUAUACAGAAGAGAAAGUUGGAGUAAUCAAUUUGAUCUUUCUGAUAAUUUCAUCUCUCAAACCUUGAAUAUAGUAACUUGGUCUCCUUGUGGGCAAUAUUUAGCUGCAGGUAGUAUCGAUGGUUUAAUUAUAGUUUGGAAUGUGGAAACCAAAGAUUGCUUGGAAAGGGUGAAACAUGAGAAAGGUUAUGCAAUUUGUGGGCUGGCAUGGCAUCCUACUUGUGGUCGAAUUGCUUACACUGAUGCAGAAGGAAAUCUAGGGCUCUUAGAGAAUGUUUGUGACUCCGGUGGAAAAACAUCAAGCAGUAAGGUAUCUAACAGAGUGGAAAAGGAUUACAAUAAUCUUUUUGAUGGAGAUGAUAUGAGUAAUGAUGGUGAUUUUCUAAGUGACAAUGCAGUUGAGACUUCCUCCUUUUCAAAAGGGAUUAUAAAUGAUGAUGAGGAUGAUGAUGACCUCACACUGGCUUCAGGUCGUCACAGACAGCGAAACCACAUCCUAGAAGAUGAUGAAAAUUCAGUUGAUGUAACAAUGCUAAAAACUAAUUCAAAUCUUCUCAAAGAGGAGGAAGAAGAUGAUCAGACAGGUAGCAUUCAGAAUUUACCACUUGUCACUUCCCAAAGGCCAUUUUAUGAAGGGCCAAUGCCUACUCCUCGGCAGAAGCCUUUCCAGUCAGCUUCUACACCCUUGCAUCUCACUCACAGAUUCAUGGUAUGGAACUCAAUUGGAAUUAUUCGCUGCUAUAAUGAUGAGCAAGACAAUGCCAUUGACGUGGAGUUCCAUGAUACAUCUAUACAUCAUGCAACACACUUAUCAAACACUUUGAAUUAUAUAAUAGCAGAUCUUUCCCAUGAAGCAAUUUUACUGGCAUGUGAAAGCACUGAUGAACUGACAAGCAAGCUUCACUGCCUGCACUUUAGUUCUUGGGACUCAAGCAAAGAGUGGAUCGUAGAUAUGCCUCAGAAUGAGGAUAUUGAAGCCAUAUGCCUUGGUCACGGGUGGGCUGCUGCUGCCACUAGUGUCUUGCUCCUUCGAUUGUUCUCUAUUGGAGGUGUUCAGAAAGAGAUCUUCAGUCUUCCUGGCCCAGUGGUGUCGAUGGCAGGACAUGGCGAACAGCUUCUCAUUGUUUAUCAUAGAGGAACUGGAUUUGAUGGAGAGCAGUGCCUUGGCGUUCAACUAAUAGAGCUGGGGAAAAAGAAAAAACAAAUUUUACAUGGUGAUCCUCUUCCUCUUUCAAGGAAAUCCUACCUUGUAUGGGUUGGAUUUUCAGCUGAAGGUACCCCCUGUUAUGUGGACUCAGAAGGCAUUGUUCGAAUGCUUAACAGAGGACUUGGUAACACAUGGACUCCUAUAUGUAACACAAGAGAACACUGCAAAGGAAAAUCUGAUCACUACUGGGUGGUUGGUAUACACGAGAAUCCCCAGCAACUGAGGUGCAUUCCAUGUAAAGGUUCUCGGUUUCCUCCCACCCUUCCACGUCCUGCUGUAGCUAUAUUAUCAUUUAAGCUUCCUUACUGUCAGAUUGUAACAGAAAAAGGACAAAUGGAGGAACAAUUUUGGCGUUCGGUUAUGUUUCACAACCAUCUUGAUUAUUUAGCUAAAAAUGGUUAUGAAUAUAAAGAAAGCACUAAAAAUCAAGCAAUAAAAGAACAACAGGAACUUCUAAUGAAAUUGCUUGCGCUUUCUUGUAAACUGGAGCGGGAAUUUCGUUGUAUAGAAAUUGCUGAUCUAAUGACUCCAAAUGCUGUGAAUUUAGCAGUUAAAUAUGCUUCUCGUUCUCGGAGGUUAAUAUUGGCCCAAAAGCUUAGCGAACUAGCUGUAGAAAAGGCAGCAGAAUUGGCAGCAACACAGGCAGAAGAGGAGGAGGAGGAAGAAGAUUUCAGAAAAAAGUUGAAUGCUGGUUAUAGUAACACUACUACAGAGUGGAGCCAGCCCAGGUUUAGAAAUCAAGUUGAAGAUGAUGCAGAAGACACCAGAGAAUCUGAUGAUAUAGGAGAAAAACCAGAAAUACCUAAAUAUGGACAGAGUCCAUUUUUUAAAAGUGCAAAUUCUUCUGAUCUACCAACUGUUACAUCAGGUGCAGUUACCACUAGCAACCAAGGACGAGUAAAUCCCUUCAAGGUGUCAGCCAGUUCUAAAGAACCAAACAUUUCGGUGAAUUCAGGACGUGCAACUAAUAUUUUAGAUAAUAUGAACAAAUCAUCCAAGAAAUCCACUGCACUUCUUCGAGCCACCAAUAAUGACAAGUCUCCAGUCAUAAAACCUCUAGUUCUAAAACCAAAGUCUAAGCAGGCAUCUGCAGCAUCCUAUUUCCAAAAAAGAACUUCCCAGAUUGAUAAAACUGAGGAAAUAAAAGAAGAAAGUCCUAAAAUUUCACCAGCCAACACACCUGUGGUGACAGAUCUCUGUCCUCAAAACCCUGAAAGCCAAAGGCCAAAGACUGGAUUCCAGAUGUGGCUAGAAGAAAACAGAAGUAAUAUUUUGUCUGACAAUCCUGACUUUUCAGAUGAAGCAGACAUAAUAAAAGAGGGAAUGAUUCGAUUUAGAGUACUGUCAACUGAAGAAAGGAAGGCAUGGGCUGUCAAGGCCAAAGGAGGACCUGCUAGUGAUGGAACUGAAGCAAAGAAGCGAAAACGUGUGGCUGACGAAGGUCAGAAAACUGAAAACCAGAAAGAACAAGCAAAGGAGAAUCUGAACUUGCCUAAAAAGCAAAAACCUUUAGAUCUUUCUGUGAAUCAGAAACUGUCAGCUUUCGCAUUUAAGCAGGAAUAAGGAAGAAAAUUAUCUAGAAAGGUAAUGUAUCUUAUCGUUGAUGAAUCUAAACUAAAAAACUCUUUAGAAAACUCAAUCUAUACUUUUAAGGGUUUAAAGAUCACCUGUGUCUUCAUAGAACAAUAUAGUAAUUAUAUUGGUUUAGUUAACAGGUCAUGUGUAAAAACUGUAAUCUCUGCAAAUAGCUCUGCCCUUAAAGGGAGGACCAUUAAGAAGCACUGUGAUUAUGGUCAUUAACUUGAGGCCACUGCCAUGUCCCCCUGAAAGCCAGUUUGAUUUAUUUCUUACUUAUAAAAUAAAGUGUGAAUCUAAAAAUCUAAAGAUCUUCCAAGCGAUGAAAUUACCUUCUCGGGGGCUCCUUGUCUGCUUUAUAUCAUGUACUGGAAAAUACUACAGCAGUCUUCUUCCCAGCUGUGUCUCCAUCAACUGAUCUCUGUGUCUAAAUCAGCCAUAUGGGUUCUGAUCAUGUAAAUAACUUUGUAAAUGAGACUUGUUUGUGUGUGUGUUUUAAAAUUCAUGUAUGACUUUGAGUUGUCUGUAUAGGCUGUUUUUUUAAAUAAAGAACAUUUCUACAUUUAGCUUGAUACGUAUUUCUGCAAAAUGGGAAAGAAUUUCAAGAAAACGUAUUUUAUAUUUAUUACAUAAUGUCCACUCCCAUCUCCAUGUUGCUACAUAGAAGAGAAAAACUGAAGAUACUGUUUUGGUAGCAUUGCAACCCGGGGCAUCAUGUGCCCCCGUCAGAUACUGUGGUUAUCAGCAUCAGCAGUCACUUUAUGAGCAAGUCUUUGAAGCCUUGAUAAGAGAAUAGUUAAAGAAUUAGGGAAAGUGUUUAACGCCUCUUAUUUCAAACAAACAUUAUUUUAUGAAGCAUUUCAUACACUCUUGGUUAUUAUUCUUAGCAGAGCUUAACAUACAUGCAGCCUCAUAAUAAAUAAAUAUGUAUAACAAAUGCAGCCUCAAAGUACAGAAGUAAAAUAAAAUCAGUGACUGCAAGUUGAGGAUUGUUUUAUAGUUGGAAGGAAUAAAAAAUAUAUUAAAAAUUUAGAUGGUUAAGAGAAAUAUCCCUUAUCUCAUGAUGAUAAGGUUAAGAAAGAAUGAAUACAUUUCUGAAGUUUUACUGAGUAUUGAUAGACAUUAUAGCACAGUGGUUAGGAGCACAGGUUUUAAAGUCAAACUUUUGGGCUUGAAGAUCCACCUCAAUACCUACAGCUGAGUAAACCCGGGCCAAUUCUAGCCUUUGUGCAUUCAUCUGUAAAAUUGGUAUAUUAGUGCCCGCAUCAUAGAAUUCUAAAAAAAUAAAUGAGGUGAAAGCACUUUGUUCCUGGUGCAUCAUAAUGUCAGCUAUUAUAUUUAUGCUACUUUCAUCUUGCUUUUUGGUUCGUAUAAUUCUGAAUUCUGUAUAUAAAUUAUUUCAAGAUGCUAAGUAGAAGUUUUCUUGUAAUAUUGUUUGGAAAGCAUGUGUGUAGUCAUAUAUUUAGUUUUUAUUUCUUCAACUUACUUAUUGUACAAAAUGUAUAAUUCUCAAGCUUUGUAUUAUAUUUCAGAUCCUUAGGAACCUGAUAAUACCGAGGAUGUACAAAAGCUUUUAUCCUCUACUUUUAUUUGGUUGAAGGAAAGUUUUGGUAUUGAUUUGCUUUAACUUCAAAUCA